AUGGGUAAUUAAUAAUAAAGCGAAUCUUAAAGUGAGUUUCUAGAAAAGAAAUUAGAUCCCAACUAUGGAGAAAUUAGUAUCUAUAAGAAUAAAGCUAACAACUUAAUAUUUGCUGAAAUUAAAUAGGUUUUCUUAAGUGAUACAUCAGUCGAAUCAAUAAAAGCCAGUUUAGUAAAAAGAUUGCAAUUGAAUCAUAAAUGCUUGGUUAAAAUAUUAUCAUUUGAUAGUGGAAAUAUGGAUGACUUCUGCAGCUCAUAUGUAGUAUUAACAAUAACAGUUGAAUACUUGAAUGACACUUUACAUAAUGACAUCCUUCUCAGAAAGAUUCAUAAGACCACAUAUUCAGAACAAGAGCUCUGCUACAUUAUAUAUGAGAUCUCAAAUCUAUGCCAUUAUAUGAAGACGAUGAAUAAUGAAAUAAUCGAUAUUUACCCAUCAAGGAUCCUAAUUGAUGAUCAAAGAUAAAUCAAAUACUUUGAUUAGUUUCUUGAAAAUUCAAGACUUAGCAAUUAUUAUUCGGUUCUCUUUAAUCAAAGAGACUUGGAGUAUGUAGCUCCAGAACAGCUGAUUCUCUUAACAACUCGAGAUAAAAAUGACACUACAGAUUAAGAAUUAGUAAACAUCUUUUGUCUCGGCCUUAUGAUGGUCAGCCUAAUUAGUGGAUAACGAUGUGUUGAAUUUUACAAUCAAGAGAAACUAUUGUUUAAAAAAGACUAUGUAGAUCAAUUAAUAAACAAAUAUUGUUUGAGAUACCAAUAUAGCGAUUUCUUCAAAUCAACUAUUCAAUCCAUGCUCAAAUUGCAUAAUGAUGGCAGACCCAACUAUUAAAGUCUAUUGUAGAUUCUACAUCCGCAUUAAGAUAGUUUUGCUACCUUCCUUAAUCCGAUUGGGAAGUAAAGAGAAAUGUUGGAGUCCCAAUUACAUUCGUUUCACACUCAAGGUUCUCCUUCUAAAUCUCGUAUUUCAGGAUUUGAUCCAGUGGAUUUCAGCGAAAUCGAUAAAAGAAUUAAGACUGCUAGAUAGAAGGCAUAAAACACUUUAGAUGAAAUAGGACUAGAUUUGAGACUGAAUAAUUUUGCCACAACACAAAUAAACAUUAUUGAGGCAAGUGAAUGA